GGCUUCCUGACGGCCAAAGCACUGGCUAAAAAGAUGACUACUCUGUACAGGUUGGCACGUGAACAGCUCUCCAAACAGCAUCACUACGACUUUGGUCUUCGAGCCCUAAAAUCUGUCCUAGUAAUCGCCGGAGAUAUGCGCCGUGGAGAGUCUGACAUUUCCGAAGAACGAAUACUAAUGCGAGCACUGCGGGAUAUGAAUUUGCCAAAGUUUAUUUUCGAAGACGUGCCACUUUUCCUUGCCCUUUUGCAGGACCUGUUCCCAGGAUUAGAUUGUCCACGAAUUCGGUAUCCGGACUUUAACGACGCAGUAGAACGGUGUCUAGUUGAGGCAGGAUACGUGCUUACUACUGAACAGGCAGAUAAAGUUGUUCAGCUCUACGAGACAAUGAGAACUCGGCACACUACUAUGAUUGUUGGUCCUACUGGUGGUGGCAAAUCAGUCGUUAUAAAGACGUUGUGUGAAGCACAAACCCGUCUUGGUCUGCAGACUCGGAUGCAUGUCAUCAACCCGAAAGAGCGUAGCGUUGUUGAACUAUAUGGUCAACUUGAUCCGAAUACUCGUGACUGGACAGAUGGCUUGCUUUCAAAUAUCUUUCGAGAGAUAAACCGACCAACUGAAAAAAAGGAACGCCGUUAUCUGAUGUUUGAUGGUGAUGUUGAUGCUCUUUGGGUGGAGAACAUGAACUCUGUGAUGGAUGACAACAGACUAUUGACCCUGGCUAACGGUGAGCGCAUUCGACUACAAGCUCAUUGUGCCCUCCUCUUCGAGGUCGGUGAUCUACAAUAUGCUUCUCCGGCCACCGUUUCACGAUGUGGUAUGGUAUUCGUUGAUCCCAAGUACUUAGGCUACGCGCCAUUCUGGCAGCGCUGGUUGGCAGGGCGAACCACCUUGCUGGGCAGAACCGAGAGUGGACAGCUGGAUGGACUUUACAAAAAGUAUAUACCAUACCUGAUUGAUAGAAUCGUUGAAGGUCAGGGCCUAGACUCUCAACAGACAGACCGUCUUCGCACCAUUCUUCCACUGACGGGGCUCAACUUGCUUGUACAAUUUUGCCAUCUUCUUGCCGGUUUGUUGGACAUGAAAGCCGAAUUUACCAGUCUUGAAGAGAUAGAGGCAACCUUCUUGUUUGCUGCCUAUGCCGGAAUCGGGGGCACCCUUCUGGAGCCGACAGGAAGAUCAGGAUUUGACGCCUACGCCAAACAAUUAAGCUGCCUCCCACCGGCAGCAGGCCCUGGUUCCGGUGAAGAUGCGACUAGUGAUCCUCUUCAUGAGGUUGUGCAAGCAGGCUGGCUGCCUUCGCGCCGUCCAAGUCUCUUUGACUACGCUUAUCACGUAAGCCAAGGAGUAUGGACACCCUGGGCGGAUCUGGUGCCUGAAUACACACACAAAGUUGCUGAAGGUUGUCGAUUUUCUGAGAUCCUGGUGCCAACUGUGGAAACUGUACGGGUCUGCCGUCUACUGGCUAUACACGUGGCCUGCCGUCGGCCACUCUUGUUAGUAGGCGAAACUGGCACUUCAAAGACUGCGAUCACCCAAAGUUUUCUAAGGGAGCAUGCUAGUGAAAAUCAACUGGUCCUCACGAUCAAUUUCUCAUCUCGUACAACUUCUUUGGAUGUUCAACGCAACCUAGAGGCGAACGUGGAAAAACGGGCCAAAGACACGUAUGGACCACCUUCUGGACGUAGGCUGCUUGUUUUUAUAGACGACCUCAACAUGCCAGCUCUAGAUGCCUAUGGCACUCAGCAGCCAAUCGCCUUACUACGUCUACUUGUAGAAAGAUCCGGUAUAUUUGAUCGCGGAGGCAAGGAAUUGAACUGGAAGCGCCUACAGGAUAUUGGCUAUUUGGCUGCCAUGGGUCGCCCUGGAGGAGGUCGCAAUGAAGUGGACCCGCGCUUCAUCUCGUUGUUUACUGUACAUUACGUCUGUUCUCCGGACGAAAUUACUCUUACGAGUAUCUACAACGCUAUCCUGGCAGGGCAUACUGCUCAAUUUGAUCCCACGAUACGUGAUAUAGUUCCAGAAAUAACGGCGAUGACAUUAGAACUUUACAGGCAAAUUUCAGUCUCAUUGCCCCCAACUCCCUCAAAAUUUCAUUAUAUUUUCAAUCUCCGCGAUCUGAGUCGCAUCUACCAAGGCCUAAGUAUGACUACAAUCGACAGGUUUACAAAGGCCGAGGAAAUGGUGCGUGUUUGGCGGCAUGAGGUCUGCCGUGUGAUCAUGGAUAGGUUGAUAAAUCCUGCGGAUGAAAUAUUUGUGACAAAUUUGAUAGCCGAACUUAUGCGGAAAAGAUGCCCUGAUAGUGCAGAAUUCGCACUUCGUGACCCAUUGUUGUACGGAGACUAUCGGACAGCCCUUGAGGAGUCAGAGCCACGUCUAUAUGAAGAUUUGAUCGACUUUAAAGCAGCCAAAGCCAUUUUAACUGAUGUGAGUCCAUACGUUAAACAGCUUUCUGCUUUCAUUUAUCCUCGCAUUUCAGCUAACAAUAUGUUCCUCUACAAUAUAAAACAUAAUACUUAA